AACGUCCAAAACCUGUAACAUGCAAGCAUGAGGCCCAUUCAGCCUCGAAUACGACUGUUUCUCUCUGCGAAGAGACAAUUUUCUUGUAGUCAUCACCGGAGAGAAAUUCGCUCUGUUUCGGAGUUGCCUGAUCGAAUAAUACCCAGAUAUCAAGAAUCUCUCCAUAAUGAUCUCCUCUGCCUACAAUGGCCCUCGCCUCCUCGAAACGUCUUCUUUAUAAAAAAGGAAAAUGUACCAGCUGUUACAGAUGCCGUCAUUGAGUUCUCCAAACAUGUCCACUCCUCAUAUCCCUCCACUGCCAUGAUCUUCGAGAAUAAAGUCGCCUCCGAAAUCCAUGACAGGCUUCCGUUUCCCGUCUACACGUCAGCAGCCGACCGCGAUACAGCAACACUAGAACUACAGCCCAAGGUGGACUUGACAGUAACACUUGGUGGUGAUGGCACCAUUCUCCACGCGGCGUCGCUCUUUUCAGCAACAAACAGUGUACCACCUGUUCUUUCUUUCAGCAUGGGCACCCUCGGCUUCUUGGGCGAAUGGAAGUACCAUGAGUACAAACGCGCAUUCCGCGAAGUCUACAUGUCCGGCUCAGGCCCGGGAGAUAGAUGUGCUCAGCUGACUCCCGAGAAGAUGGACGAGUCAUCCGGGGCGGGCUCAGUCUCACCAGAAUGGUCCUCUCUUCGAGGAAAAUUCAUGGGGGAAGCUCGACCAGCUAGAGUACUCCUCCGAAACCGGCUGAAGGUUGGCGUCUUCGACUCUGCCGGACAUCGAAUAAAUGCAUCAUCAGAUGGCAACCUAGCUCCAAAGAUUGGGGGCGACAUUCAUGCUAUGAAUGAAGUGAUCAUCCACCGAGGCCAAGAUCCACAUUUGGCCGUCGUGGAGAUCUUCAUAUGCGGACGCUUACUUACAGAAGCUGUCGCCGAUGGUAUUAUCAUCUCGACCCCCACAGGUAGCACAGCCUACAGCCUCAGUAGCGGGGGCAGCAUCAUCCAUCCUCUUGUCCCAUCGCUUCUGCUCACGCCCAUCUGUCCUCGAAGUCUGAGUUUUAGGCCGCUUGUGGUUCCAUCAAGUAUGAAUAUCACCUUACGGAUCAGCGACAAGAAUCGAGGCCGCGGUCUCGAGCUCAGCGUAGACGGUGUCAGACGUAAUCACGGCGUGGAUAUUGGGACAGAAAUUCACGUUCGGGGCGAACAGCUUCGAUGCCGUGAUGGUGUCUUCACCAGUGGCAUUCCGAGCAUCGUACGAGGCACUCAUAGCACAGGUGCUACAGGCGAUGACGGCUGGGUUGGCGGUCUCAACGGGUUGUUGAAAUUCAAUUACCCUUUUGGGGAGGCAUAAAAGCGUUUUGGUCAACUUUAUUCGGCGAACUUCAUGGUCUUCGACAUUCAUUUCUUCGAUGUAUUAUUUUCUCUGUGUGCUUUAAAAUGGCGUCAGGUAUGCGGUAAAUGCUGGCAAAGGACAUAUUCACACCUAGACCUUUUACUUUUGGUCAUAUAAUCACAAGAAACCCAGGAUUCAAUCUUUGCGUACACAAACACGCU